AGCUUAGAAUCAUAUUGUUUCGAUAUUUGAUAAUCGAUCUAAUAUUUUAUGACUUCCUAUUUGCUUGCUUCCGUGACCCGGCUCGAAUAACAACAAUGUCGGACUCAAACGCAAAGGAGCGCGAAGUGGAUGAAUCAGGUAAAGGAGGAAUGGAGUCUCUGUUCGCUUAUGCUGAUGCGUGUGGUGGAUGGGUUCUCUGUUCGCUUAUGCUGAAGCGUGUGGCGGAUGGAUCUCUGUUCGCUUAUGCUGAUGCCAUGUGGUGGAUGGGUUCUCUGUUCGCUUAUGCUGAUGCGUGUGGUGGAUGGAGUCUCUGUUCGCUUAUGCUGAUGCGUGUGGUGGAUGGAGUCUCUGUUCGCUUAUGCUGAUGCGUGUGGUGGAUGGAGUCUCUGUCCGCUUAUGCUGAUGCGUGUGGUGGAUGGAGUCUCUGUUCGCUUAUGCUGAUGCGUGUGGCGGAUGGAGUCUCUGU